AUGUAUGGUGUCAUUCCGGCUCUUGUGCUCGCGCUUGCGGGUCAUGCUCAGGCAGAGGCCAAGUUCAACAACACCAACCUCUUCCCUGAUGUGACUUACCCGGGAUACGAGUCAGACAACCCCGUUACCAUCCAAGGCAGCAAUAGCCUCCAGGGUUCCCUGCCCAAAUACCCAAGCCCUUGGGGUGAAAGCCAAGGGGACUGGGCAGAUGCGUACAGGAAGGCCACGGACUUUCCGUCAGCUCAGCCUGGAGGAGAAGGUCAAUCUGACCAUGGGCAUUGGGUGGGCCAUGGACCGAUGUAUUCCCCCAACGGUGUGAGACUGACCGACUUUGCGUCUAUGUAUCCAUCGGGGGUUAGUCUUGCUGCCACAUGGUCGCGAGAAUUGGUUGAGACUGUUGGGUUCGCCAUGGGCGAAGAGCACCGCGGGAAGGGUGUCGAUAUGCAGCUUGGCCCGGUUGUUGGGCCGAUGGGGCGUGCGCCUGAAGCCGGUAGAAGCUGGGAGGGCUUCUCCCCGGACCCGCAUCUCACAGGAAUGCUUGGUUCUGAGGUAAUUCGAGGAAUGCAUAGAGCAGGUGUCAUGAGUUCGCUCAAACAUGCUGUCGCCUAUGAACAGGGCCACUUCCGCCUGCCAGACGAAGCUGUGGAGUCAGGAUGGAACAUCACCCAGCCAUACUCCACGAACAUCGAUGAUAUCACAAUGCACGAACUGUAUCUGUGGCCCUUUGCAGAGGGCAUUCGGGCUGGCGCGGCCUCAAACAGCUAUGUCUUGAACCAUCUGAUCAAAAACGAACUCGGCUUCCAAGGCUUCAUCAUCUCGGACUGGUAUGCUACAUGGAGCGGAGUCUCCAGUAUUCUUGCUGGUCUCGAUAUGUCCAUGCCAGGGGACCCUGAAAUGCAGGACAAGAACAGUGGUCGCAGCUUCUGGGGUGCCAAUCUCACAGUGGCAGUCUUGACUGGUUCUGUUCCUACUUGGCGUCUUGACGAUGCUGCCACCCGGGUCAUGGCCGCGUGA